CCGCUCGGUUCCUGUUUUUGGCAAAAAGCCGACCCCGCCUUUCUUUCUGUCUGUCUACUUGAUGAUAUUCAUGCGUGUGACGGAGUGGGAGGAGUUGUGGCCUCAGAUUACCUCUGACACUGCGACCCCAAGUCUUCAAUGUCCAGAUGCUGUAACCAAGGGACACUUUGUCCAUUCCGAAGAAUAUUACCGCCCAAACGUACUGAAUCCCGCCAAGUCUGUCGCACUUUUAAGCGGCGUAAGGACUAAACCUUCCCGGGAAAUAAAGUUUGAGAGUCAGGUGCAGAAAAAGCGGCUGUGACAUCAUUGCUGUAUUUUUUUUUCCUCCGGUACCACGCCCCCACGAGGGUGUGCAAUACCCAUUAAGCGAUAACGGGGAAAACUUAUUCUACUGUCACAAUGCAAGGGAUGGGGCAGAGGUGGCUGGAUUGUGUUUUUCAUACUUGAAAGAGCAAGACUUAUUUUGGACCGCACCUGGCAGUCUCAAAAAACAGAACCGUUAUGCGGAGAAAACGCUCAUGUGGCAUUUUCUUAAAAGUCAGAACAUCUUAAUUUUCUGAGAAACUGGUGUGAUAUUCAACGAGGUACAUUUCAUGCCUUUUGUACCUGUAGUCGUCAAACAAAGGAAUCUCAGGACAGACAGUGCCAGGCGCAUCGCUUUUCUUUUUAAUUAAGGGUUUGAUUACUAGCAGAAAUGGCAACUGCAGCAUACAUGACUGGGGAGCAGUUUGCAGCCGAGUGUCUUGUUUCAAUGUCAAUUCAGCCUAUUGUUCACGGUCCAAAGGGGAAUCUAGGACCCCUACCAGAAGCAACAGUAAUACAAGUAAAUGGAGAGGAUACCACAUCUAGUGGUAAGAAAGAACUGAUGGAGCCCUUUGUGCACGGUUGUAACAGCAAAGAUUCCUCUCUUGUUUCUGUGGCUAAGAUUUUAGCAAACAUGGACCGGCAUAUUCCAAUCCCAACUCCUUCACACGUCCCCAGAAAUAAAACAAUCCAGGAGACCGUUAACACUCCACCACCUUCUCCUCCCGAAACUGCAGUCUUCGAAAGUGCCUAUGUGAGCAACAAACAUACAGGCAAAACUGCUGCUGCUGCCACACCUACCGUGCCAGGCGAGCCGAACCACAGACAAAGAAGCAAUUUUGGGAGAUGCAAGUCCGAGCAGCUCGACUCCCCACAGAAAAAGCACAAGUGUCCCUAUAUAGCCUGUGGUAAAGUAUAUGGCAAAUCCUCACACCUGAAAGCCCACCUAAGGACCCAUACAGGAGAAAGACCAUUUGCAUGUAGUUGGCAAGACUGCAACAAGAAGUUUGCUCGAUCAGAUGAAUUGGCUCGACACUACCGUACACAUACAGGGGAGAAGAAAUUUACAUGCCCCAUUUGUCUUAAAUGCUUCAUGCGCAGUGACCAUCUGACGAAACAUGCUAAGCGUCAUCCCAACUUCCACCCAAGUAUGUUGAAAAGACCCAGUGGCAGCAACUCAAGAACAGGUUCGGUUAGCGAUUACAGCCGUUCUGAUGCUUCAAGUCCAACCAUUAGCCCUGCUGGCUCCCCAUAAUCCUACCUGCACUGGACAUCAGCACUUUGCCUCGGUCAGAUCAUGCACAGUUUUUGGAUUGUGUUGCACAGGAUUUUAUUCCCUUCUGCUCGUAUGUUGUCAUGUAGUAUAUAUGUAGCUGCCUGUUUGUGAAAUCUCAUGGGCAAUUUUUUGCUGAUAUUUCAAAAUGUCAGCUAAACUAGCCUCAUACAAAGGAUAGAUCUCAACUGUCCUGAUUUUUAGCUUCUUGCACCCACAGAUGAGAUGCCUACAGUUUGUGAUGCGCUUUUGUUUUAAAAGUAAUUUCUUGUCAUCAAAAAAAUAUAUAUGUAUAGUGCUGUUUAAAAAAUAUAUCUCCACAUCAGGCAUCCAGCUUUAAUACAAUAGUUAAUAAGACUGCACAGUGGGAGCAUCUUUAUAGCUGAAAUUCAACAGUGUUGAAUUUUCCCCCUCUCAGGGAUGGAUUUUUGUUGUUACACAGUAAACACAAUGAAGACAUACCCAUAUUACAGCCUUACUUGAGAUAUUUGCACUCAGGUUUUUAUGUUUGUUUAUUCACACUGGGAAGACUAGUACUGGAAUGAAUUUUGUGUCAAAUCCAUAUCUUUUGUAGCAAAAAUCCAAUGAUGACUUUGUGUAUGCCUCAUGUGCGAUAAACUGAUAGUGUGGUUUAAAAAAAGAAAGAAAAAAAAAAAAGAGUCCUCACUCUCUUAGCAAAGCAGACCACAAAUUUGACUCAGCUGCUUUUUUUUGUAUAAUGAGCAAUACAAGCCUUUUUUCAGGAUGAUGAAUUUAAACACACCUUCCCAUUGCACUAACUUCUCACUCUUGUUUUGAGCACCAAACUUGGUAUAUUUCAUUUGGUUUAAUUCUCAAAAGAGAGGCCUUAACGCAUUAAGCAACUGUGAUGUAUGUAUUCCAGUUGUACAGAUCUGUGUUGGAAAGGCAUCUUCUCAUUAAGGAGCAUUUUAUAUUUCCUGGUUCAGCUAGGAUUUAUUUAUCAGCAGAAUGACUUUUUCCUUGCCUACCUAAGACCUCACGCCUGCUUGCUCACAAGUGUAUUACAUAUCCAUUUUAAGGAAACUGAGAUAACACAAAUAGUAGUGUUCCCGUAACAAGUUAUUAACUGUUUGUCUCAACUCUUUCCUUAUUAAUGUUUUUCGUCUGUUGAAAUUAUCAGUCUGCCUACUUGUAGAUCAACAUUCUUACAUGAAACUUUCAGGAAAUGUAACAUAAUAGUAGAAGUCUGAGCAAACACAUACAUGACUAAAAUGAUUUAGUUUCUUAUACAAAGUAUACUUUAAAUGUAGUAUAUGUUUUAGCUAAGUGGUGUUUGAGGGUAUUUGAGUAUUGUUGAAUUUUCUCAUUUUCAUUAAAACUACUCCAUUUUCUUUGCCACCCAAGACAUAGUUAAAAAAGGGAAUGUUUUGAGAUUAUUCUAGAAUUCUUCAAUAUUAUCAGGUCAAUUUUAUUGGGUAUAUUAUAGAAGACAUACAGAAUAUAAAAUCAGACCACAACAUUGUGAAUUGGCAUUCUGCCUCUUACUUGGCAAAAGCCGGUGUUUAGAUGAGCUGGCGUAGAGGUGUUUUUAUUAUUAUUAUUAUUUGUUUUUUUUAUUAGUUUUACAAUAUUGUGUUUUCCAUGUUAUGGUAAAAACAAACUGCCUUAAGCAGUUGUGAGGUGUAGCAUAGUGGGAAAUUAAUAAACUGAUCUGCUGUUUUUCAUGAAAUGAAUGCCUGCACAUUCCAAAGGAUUUAUCCAUUCGUCAUAUUGCUGCUUUGCAUUAAUCCAGUUUUGCCAGUCUGUUUUUUUUUAUAUGUUAAAUUGACUGUGAUAGUUUGUUUUAUAAUGUUUAUAGGAUUUAAGUAGUUUAAUAGGUACUUGCAUCACAUUUGAAUUAACUGUUGUCUUGCACUCUUUCAUCUUUAUUAUAGGCAAUUUCUUAAAUGUUGAUGAGCAGACACUUACAGUACUUCAGUAUUUUAUGUAUAUUUGUUUCAAAUUGAUGUUAUGUUAACUAUUUUUUCCUAUUUAUCAGUUCUUUUACUAGGCUGGACCUUUUCAUUUUUUUUAAACAGUGGUCACAGAUGUACAGUUAUUAAAAUGUUUGUACUACAGAAGCACCGAAAUGUGUAAUUACCUCCAAGUAGUAUGCCAUCAGAAAACCCAUGUUAUUGUAGAUUACUGUAUGAUUAACAGAUCUGAGACAUUCAGAAAUGCAGACUGUUGUACUGAACAGCAUGUGUUGAUGACAGACGCUAAGGAGUUUAAGCCAUCAGUUUGUUUUAAGGAAUGAUUCCUGCAUAAUUCAGCAGUGCUUUGUGCAUGUGUAGAUGCUUGGUUACAUGUCUGUCAAAAUGGUAUGUGAAAGUACGCAGAUUGCUGUAAAAAGAGUGCUGAACAGCUUUUGUUGUAGCAUACAUGUCACACCACACUAUUUGCUUCUAAAAUAUUCUAACCAUUCAGGUAUUCAUAGUUUUGCUGGUGAGUUUUUACCAUUGCACCAUACAGUUUUGAAAUGCCUCUUAAGGCUCAAUGUAGACCUACUUUUAGGCUACUUAGUAAUGAGCUUCAGGAAGAGAAGAAAAUGAUUAGAAGACUCAGGGUACUAUGUUGUGUGCUUACCUCAUUUCUGUGGAGAUAAUAAUUAUUCAAAACUGACUUCCAGUUAGGGAAAACUUUAUCUGGGUAUGCUGAACUUAAGCAAACAUCAAAUAUUAUAAAAUAAGUGCAAACCCUGCUUGCAUUUCUUCCAUUUGCAUUAAAAUUGUAGUAAUCUUUAAUUUGUCUUUCAUGUUGUAAAGUAAGUUUUCAGCACUCAUCAGAAUUUAUAGCACUUCCAAAAAUAAGUGCAUCAAAAUAUUUAAAAUGUGAAGGACAUUAUAGUUAAACAGAAGAUGUAAACAGUGGGUAAAAAUAUCUGCAUUUUAAAUAUCUGUUGUUUAAACUAUUAGGAAACAAGAAUGCAUUUGUAAGGAUAACAGGAUAAUGCUAGCAUGUCGGUUCCAGCUGCUACUGAUUAGCCUGCAUUGGGGUUCUCUAGCUUGCAUAUGUUGUUGAGUGCUACGACAGGCUACAACUCUUUGUGACCUUGUAUAGAAUAAAACAGGUUUCUGAAAAUGA